GACACACAACCAAACUCUUCUCAAUUCAAUUCUUUUGGAGAAUCGGCGAGAACCCGUGAACAUCUUUGCUUUCGUCUAUUCGCAUAUCAAAAAGGAGUAAAUCACUAGAGAGGGGGUAGAGGCAAAAGUGAAUUCGUCGAGAACAACGCACCAAGCGGCGGCACGGAGCUUUUGACAACUAGCAAAAGCGACUUCCUUACACUUUAAUUCCUGUUCUCCAGGAUCAAGACAACACUACUCCGUUUCACCAAUAUUGUUCCCUUAGAUCCAUUACCAAUACAAUUAAGAUGGAUCCCAACAGCAGUAAUGCCGGUAAUAAUAAUCCCAAUGGUAACCCAAUGAACAACCGCCUUCACUUGAACUUCGGAAACGACAGAUUCGCGCCAAACGAUCGUGCAUACCCAACGACCCCAUCAACUUUCCCAAACCCAAUAUUUCCAGGCGGAGGUCAAGCUCAGCAGCCACAACAACAGCAACAGCAACAGCAGGCUCAACAAGGCGCACCACAAUCAUACAACCAAGGAUUCGCGCCUCCCGCAGGAUACUUCAUGAAUAACCAAUACCCCCCUUCCUCGGGCUAUCCGCAGCAACAAGCUCCUGCUGGGUAUCAGCAGCAGCAGCAGCAGCAGCCCUACCAGCAAAGAUCUGUUAACCUACAAAACGACGCUACGAAUGGUCUGGCUCACCAGUUCUCCCAUCAAAACUUAGGUGGGGGCAGAGGCUCACCAUAUGGUAAUCGUCAAGGUCAAGCAUCACCAGGCCAAAGACCAAGAACUGCUGGAGCACCAGGCCAGCCGCAAGGUCACUCCAACUACUUGAAUCCUAUGCCGACUCAAGCUUCACAACAAGUUCGUCCAGAGUUUCAGGCAGCUCCAGAAAGAAACCCAGAUCGAUAUGGCAACUUGACACAAAACAAUCAAAAGAAAUGUUCGCAAUUAGCUGCAGACUUUUUCAAAGAUAGUGUCAAGAGGGCCAGAGACCGCAAUGUUAGACAAAGCGAAAUGGAACAACGUCUUGCGGAUCCUAAUCAAUCCCAAUCGCGCCGAGAACAAACAUGGUCGAAUGCAGGCAAACAAGAGGCCAAAUAUCUACGAUUUUUACGAACCAGGGACAGACCUGAUAAUUACAACACACUAAAGAUCAUUGGAAAGGGAGCCUUCGGAGAGGUCAAAUUGGUUCAAAAGAAGCAAGAUGGCAAAGUUUAUGCUAUGAAGUCUUUGAUUAAGAGUGAGAUGUUCAAGAAGGAUCAAUUAGCACAUGUUCGUGCUGAAAGAGACAUCUUGGCCGAGUCGGACAGUCCUUGGGUUGUUAAGCUUUUCACAACCUUUCAGGAUCAAGAUUUCCUUUAUAUGUUGAUGGAGUUUUUACCAGGAGGAGAUCUGAUGACUAUGCUUAUCAAAUAUGAGAUCUUUUCUGAAGACAUUACGAGAUUCUAUAUUGCGGAAAUUGUGUUGGCUAUUGAAGCUGUACACAAGCUUGGUUUCAUUCAUCGUGAUAUCAAACCUGACAACAUUCUGCUUGACCGAGGUGGACAUGUUAAAUUGACUGAUUUUGGUCUAUCCACUGGUUUCCAUAAACUACACGACAAUUCUUAUUAUCAACAAUUAUUGCAAGGAAAAUCGAAUAAGCCUAGAAACAACAGACAAUCAGUCAAUCUUGACGAGAUCAACCUCACAGUUAGCAACCGAAGCGUUAUCAAUGACUGGAGAAAGUCUCGAAGAGUCAUGGCUUACUCGACUGUUGGUACACCCGAUUAUAUUGCUCCAGAAAUUUUCAGUGGACAUGGUUAUUCCUAUGAUUGCGAUUGGUGGAGUCUCGGUACGAUCAUGUUCGAAUGUCAAGUCGGAUGGCCUCCUUUCUGUGCCGAAGAUGCCCAUGACACAUAUCGAAAGAUUGUCGCCUGGCGUACGAAUCUCUACUUCCCUGAGGAUGUUCAACUUGGACCUGAAGCCGAAAAUCUCAUUCGAAGUCUUGUUUGUAAUUCAGAGAACCGACUCGGACGAGUAUCAGCCGACGAAAUCAAGAGCCAUAAAUUUUUCCGUGGUGUUGAAUUCGAUACUUUGCGUCGUAUUCGUGCUCCAUUCGAGCCUAAGCUGGCUUCCAAUGUUGAUACCACAUACUUCCCAACUGACGAGAUUGAUCAAACUGAUAACGCAACCCAUCUCAAGCAAGCUCAAGCUGCAGCUGCCCAUAAUGGUACUUCUCGGGAGGAAAUACCAGAGAUGAGUUUGCCAUUCAUUGGUUACACAUUCAAGAGAUUCGAGUCCAACUACAGAUAAUCGUGGUACAUCUCUCCACUAUUCAACUGAGCGGAUCCGCAUUGGAGCUGUCCAGCUACCGCAUAAGUCAAAUCAUGAAUAUCUGUUAUUCUAACAAGUUUUCACCUGGAGUGAAGUAUUUCUAUUUCCUAGUUGUCAUUACAUGGCCUUUUAAAAGUCAAUCUAGCCAGAUACCAUUGAUUGCAUGUUCUGCAAGAUUACAAUUAGACGUCUGACAUCUAGCGGUCUGUUUCUUUUUUCCUGAUUUUAUUUCGACUGGAUGCACACAUGAGCGAAACAGCCUAGUUCUAGACUUCCGGCAUAGGGGUGGGUUUUAAGGAUGGGAAGAACUUUUUAAAUGUGAUCAUAGUGGGAAACAUUAGGUUAAAAUUGAUGUACCUGGGUAUACCUUGGGAAACAUUUACACAUUCAAUCAAAAAAUGAAAUAAUAUCA